AUGACGACGUGCAAUUACUGCCUUGACGACAAUUACUAAUACGCGAUUAAUCACAGUGAAUAAUAGGACAACCUGCGAUUAUAAUUAUUAUAAAAUGUUCACGGAGACGUCAGCAUUCAGCACAUGUGGUGCUACAUGUCAUAUAAUAUUAUGGGAGUAAUCUUAAGAGUCCAUUCCUUUCGGCAAAUUCAGGGCCAAAUAAUGUAUCACUAAAAGGAUACUGUAAGUGCAUGCACGACAAAGGCACAUUCAUCGGAGUUCAGAGUGGAAGUGCCAAGCAGAAAGUACUUCCACAAGCGUCAUUGAGGCUUGUGAUGCAUGCAUUCCAUGAAAUGCAGUGCAGAUAUAGCGUUUUAAGGGGACACGAUUAUAAAUCUAUAAUACCUGAUUCACAAGUAGGGUCGGUAGAUUAUGCUGGCAUAACUUUGAACAGAAUAUAACUAUAGUAGGCACAUUGUUGGGUUGAGAAUUAUGCUGGCAUAAUAAUAGGCGCAAUUAUGAGAAUAUGAGGUUUUGGAAGUACAGGUCAGUCAGUACGAAUCAUAUAUAUGUAUAUAUUAUGUAGGCCUGAUGAUUGUGACUCGCUGGCCAGUCCAUCCUCAGGGAAUUGGGACUGGUCAACUGCCAAUCAUCGAGUUGUUCUCCUGGAAUUUUAAUUAGUUGUUAAUGUGGUUGUCGUUUGACCAAAGUUGUGUAACUAUCAAGUCAAUGUUGUUUGGGUUAUUAUCCGUGGUUUAUCUAACACAACAUAGACCCAGACCAACUACAACAAAUUACGCAGGCGAAAUAUGUCACAUGACAUUGCUACUGCACUGUGAUUGGUCUCCGAAUUCAGUAAUGAGAACAACUCAAUGAUUGGCAGUUGAGCAGUCCCAAUCCCCUGAGGAUAGACUGGCCAGCGAGUCUAGGUCUUGCUGAUGGUGGUUAAUUAUGUCGCUGGCAUUCUGUAUUGUAGUGUUAAUAGAUAGAGUUGUGUGAGCAUAAUAAUAGCAUAAUAAUAGCUAUCUACCAACCAGAACUGUAUUGAGAAUGACUACCUCGUUAUAGCUUGUCCCCACUAUCUCGACUCCCUCUUUAUUUCCCAGCCUAUUCUUUCCCCUUUUUUCCACUAUGUACCGUAUAUACCGUAUAGCGCAUUACUUUUGAGGAUUGCUCAAACUAAACAUUUAUAUAGUAGAGACAUAGAUUGAGUAGAGAGGGAUUGGAAACGAGGUACCCUCGAAGUACCAUCCGUGUUUCCCCGCGGUUUUAAUCGAGGCUUACUUCCAACAUGUCUAAACAUGAAUAAUUCAUGAGAAUUGUUUUUGCUGUCUGUAAAAAGUCCACGAGCAGUUCUGCUGCUAAACAUCAACUUUAUCAAAUACUUGUGGGCAUUUGGGACACACCAUACUACUUAGUGACACAACCUUGUAAGUUUCCCGGUAAACUUACCCGGGGUAGAAAGCGAAACACGGACUGUUUCUGAGCUCUACAUAGACUUCAUUGUAAAACAUCACGUGAACCACUUCGGUUGCCAAUCCCCUUCUACUCUAUCUAUGGUAGAGAGGUCUUUCAAUGCCGGAAGUAAACCAUGAUUCCCAAAUGUUCAAGGUCAUGCAAAAAUGUAGUGCCUCGAAAAUAACCAGCUAGAUCUUACGGUAUAUACCCCACUCAUCUUCCUGAUCUCCACCAAAGGAAAUUAUUUUGAAACUAUUAAACAUUCAAUUCUAUAGCUAUACCCGGCACCUGUCGUGAUACAAUGUUGUAUAAAAAGGAUGCUCAAUCAAUUAUAGUGAAUACUCACAAGUUGACUCUAUAGGAAGAGAACAAGAUGAGUGAUACAGAGUCCACUUCAAAAAAACCGAAACAAUAUACCUCAGUAAUCAAGCAAAAAGACAUAAAGCGGUAUGAAGAAAUGGGACUUGGUCGAGGAGUUGAUGUGACUGAUCCCAAAAUGUGGAGAAAUAAGAGCUCCUUUAUUGUCCGGACAGUUUGUCCCAAGCUGUCCAAUAUCACCGGAACGGACGAGGGUUGUAUGAAAGAAAAGUACGAGAAAGAGGUAUCAACGGUUGCUAUGCAUCAACAAAAAAUUCGACUCUCACUAGAGGAGCCCGUCAAGAUUGCAAUCGAUGCUCAUAGCUCACAAAGCACCAGCUCAGCAAAGACAAUUUCUGGUACAAAAGUCACAACUUCAACUAUAGCGUUUAAGGUUAAUCUCAAAGCCUUGAAGGUUGAUUUCGAAGAGUCGAAUGCUUUUGAAGACGAACUGUACUCAUGGAUUCUUUCUUGCAUUGAAAGCAGGGAUACAGUGGUUGCGAAAAAAUUACGUGAGGAUACAGCCCACGAUGAGCUAGCCUCCUCUUCUCUCAGAGGAAGUGGGCAUGGCGACAAGGCUAAUGAUAAGCUAGCAACAAGUGCAACACUCAUAAAAAAACUCGAAGAAAUUGGUGAGGAUAAAAACAAAAACCGUGAACUUGUGAACGACUGCACAAGGUUUGUUGUAACUUAUGGUGUUACCCACUACAUUAGUGCAAUCAAACUAGGAGCAAUGUUGUAUCGUGUAGCUUCAGCCCAUACUAAACAGACAACGCUAGGAGCCGGAGCCGAGGUUGGUGGGAGAGGCAUGGCUGUGAGGGGGGCGAUGUCUAGAUCAAAGCACAUUUUCAAAAAGUUUGAAGCGGAGCAGGAAAUUGGGAGAAUCGGUAAAGAUGGACAAGUGGAGAAGGAGAAUGAAGCUGUGAUUGGGUGCCAAAUUCUGCCUGUUUACAAGCUGGUGAAAAUACCACUCAUUCAAAAGAAACUCCAGGAGGCCAUCAAAGAGUACAUUCAAAUUAAGGAAGAAAAACGUGCGGGCCCCUUCCUAAUAUCUUGCCUGAUAGAGAAAAAGCCAAUCUACUGGACAGUUGACGAAGAAAAUGGCCAAAUUCUCGGUACAGUAGUGAAAGAUAAGGCCUCUCCCUUCUAUAUCAUUCCCACAGAGGAUAAGCUACAUCCUGCUGACUUCUUAAUUGCUUACUAUGGUGAACAACAAGACAUACAAGAGAUGAACCAGAACAAACGUCCUUCUCUUCCCCUCUAUCUAGAAGCCAAAAGUAAUGUUUUUGGAUAUUGUAAGGGUCCGUUAAUUGUGAAAGACAGCAUUGAAAUAGCUCAAGCUCGAUUUUGCCUUCACAGUAGAGUACAAUAUUCUCCUUACCUGUGCUCAUCUACGCCUGUUAGUUGGAACACUUGGUUGGAGGGUGAGAAGUUCUAUAUCAACUGCAGUAAUCGAUCAUUCAAAGUUAAUGGAUACAUUGCUGCUAUCAAGCAAGAAUCAAGCAAACAAAACAGUAGAUCCACCUACAAGACUGUAACAGUGCCAAGGAUAAAGGACCCACAAGACAGCAAAGAAUAUGGAAUGCUAUUUCAGUUAGAGCCGCUCGACAGCGAAGGUGAACCACAAGCAUCACAAAUCAACUCCGAAGAGCAGAUAUCGCCAUAUGAAGCUGGGUCAAUCGAUACACCUGAUGGACCUGAUACACCCCGUUCAGGUGCUGAAGCUACUGCAAAUCCAAAAAACCCAGAUGCUGAGUCAACAGAAAACAAAAAAACUCAUUCACAGUAGGUGAAGCAAGUUUACACAAUUCAAAGAACUUACACACUGUAGAAAUGCAAUACCUUACCUACGUAACCAAUAAGUUUAUUAAGUUAAUUCACACUGCAUGGAUUUCAAUUAUGAAUACACGGCUUUAUUUGUACAUUUCUAACCCUGUUCAACAAUGGAUUGAUGAGCACAGAAAUAAUAGCUUAGUGAAUGUAAUAAGAUACUGAAGUUCGCCUUUACUCUGUAUACAUGUAUGUAAUACGGAGGAAACUCUGCUUCAGGUACAUAUAAAAUUAUGGAGGUUCGACGGUUUAUGCAUGCAGAAAUAAUUAUGUCGUAAUAACUCACAAGCCGUCACUGUUGCACAGUGACGGCUUGCGAGUCUAGUCUA